CAAGCCUCCACGGUCCACUCUGAUUCAACGGUGUCACUCAUCACCCGGCACUGAAGCUUGGUUACACGUUCAUUUCUUUCCAUGAUAUCGAUAAAAUUUCGCGGUAAAACGGCUAACAAUAGGUUUACAAAGCAACUCGUUGACAAAGAAAUUCUGGAUUCCGAAAGGUUGCUGCGUUAGUCAUGCUAUCUCCUGAUCCAUCAAGUCUUCCACGCGUCUGCGCGGCUGAACGGCCUUUGAAGUUCGACGCGACGCGUAUAUAAAAUGCAUACUACGCCUCGAAGGCCCUCAUCAGUUACAAGCAACAAACCACCUCUCGCAUUAUACCAAUGUCGAACCUCAAAGCUCUUUUCCAGCCCCUCAAACUUGGCCCUACCACUCUCAGGAAUAGGAUCUUCAUGUCCGCCUUGACGCGGAACCGUUCCGUCCCUACGAACGUCCCCAACAGUCUCAACGCCGAGUACUACCGACAGCGCGCCGCAGGGGGUGCUGGCUUGAUCAUCACAGAAGGCGUUCUCAUUGCUCAGCAAGGCACCGAAUGGCAGAAUGCUCCUGGUAUCUGGUCUCAGGAGCAGGUCAACGGAUGGAAAAAGGUCACUGAUGCGGUUCACGAAGAAGGAGGCGCGAUCUUCGCCCAGUUAUGGCAUCUUGGACGCAUAAGCCACCCCAAUGCACCAGAGCAAAUCGCCUCAGGACUCCCCGUCUACGCACCUUCAGCGAUCCCAGCUCGAGGAGGAAAAUUCCGUUUCCUCCCUGGAGAGCCAGGCUAUGUCACACCUACUGCAAUUGACGACCCAAGCACUCUGCUCGCCCAGUGGAAACAAGCUGCCAUCAACGCGAAACAGGCCGGGUUCGAUGGCGUAGAGAUCCACGGCGCGACUGGAUACUUGAUCCAUCAAUUCCUUGAUAGCACCGCGAAUCACCGGACAGACCAAUGGGGCGGAAGCGCUGAGAAUAGAGCUCAGUUCCCCCUUGAAGUCAUCAAAAUCGCGGUUGACGUCUGGGGUGCCGACAGGGUCGGUAUCAAGUUGAACCCCGCCGGAGGGUAUAACGAUAUCGGAAUGCCGCUUCAAGAGACGCUUGACACGUUCGGAUACCUCAUCUCUGAGAUUGACAAACUCGGGAUCGCAUACGUUGCGUUCAUGCGGUACGCAGAGCAUCUCGACCCCGUUAUUGACGGGGCUCGGCGCGCAACGAAGCAUGAUGUCCUCGGAGCGUAUGCGCCCUUGUUGAAGAAUCCGGCUACGAAGGUAUUCGCGAAUGCUGCGUUUACAGGUGAGGAGGCGGCGCGGUAUAUUGAGGAUGAGAAGGUGGAUGGGGUGUUCUUUGGCAUUCCUUGGGUGGCGAACCCGGAUUUAGCGAAGAGGUUUGAGAAAGGCGUUGCGCUGGAGGGGAAUAUUGAUUUCAUGACGCUUUAUGGGCACGGGGGAACGGAGGCGGAUGAGAGGAAAGGGUAUGCUGAUUAUCCUGCGGCGGCACUUUAGAUAUCUUUACUUUUAGAUGACUGCACUAUUGUGCUCUGUCCUUACCGUGGUUUUGGU